GUGUAUCCGUUACUUAGGGGUCGUGACAAACCACCAGGGCCAAUCACAUCUCAGAUUUCGCCACCUAAUUACCAUAAUACGCGUCGCUCCACCAAUGAGCUUGAGGUGGGCGUGGACAGGUUUUCUCGCGCCGCGGGUAGAGCGGCUUGGAGCAGGCUCGGAGCUCCUCAGUGGAGAAUGGCGGCUGCUGCGUGCAGUCCGCUCAGCGUUUGUCCGGCGAGCGCGCACGGUGAGGCGCAUCCGCGGAGAAGCAAGGACACGCGGAAGAGACGCGAGGCUCUGUUGUUUCUCACGAACAUAUCCUUGGACGGACGGCCGGUGAUUCAUAUAAACGACGCGGCUGACUUUGAAGGCACCGAUGUCGGUCCGGUGGUGACCGAGAGCUUCUCUAACCUGUCUGCGGCGAGCGCGCUCCUCAGUGUGCCUCCUAUUCUGGUUUUGCCCUCGGACUCGGAUUUUGAAAAUGGCGAGAGCACGGAGGCGUUUCCGGGGUCCCGUUCGUCCUCGCAGGGGAACCUGUUGUCCCCCUGCAGCCUCCAGCCGAGUCCGGUGGGAGCGCGGAAGUCCCCGACCCUGCUGUCCGUCCAGAGCUGCGCGUCCUCGCUGGACUCGCGACCGAGGACCCGAAACCUGUCAGGUUCUCACUGGCCACGCUCCUUGAAGAAAGUUCACUUUAUCAAGAACAUGAGACAGUACGACACCAGAGGCAGCAGGAUCGUGCUUAUCUGUGCCAAGAGAUCACUAUGUGCUGCGUUUUCUGUGCUGCCAUAUGGAGAGAGUUUCUACAUAAGUGAUCCAGCACUUAGCACCCCCAGGCGGCGGCACUCAUCUGGGGGAAUUUCCACCACCCUAGAGAUGCUCCCUGGCCUGGAGGGGGUGGAGCUUGGCAUGUAUGGCAGGACGGUCUCUUAUGCCCAGUUUCUGUACCCCACUAAUGCACUGGUUCGUGAGAAGCCACCAGAAAUCUCUCUGCAGAGGCCCUACUCGAGGAACAGCAUCCCAUGCAGCAGCUACCCUCCAUCCCGCCUCAACAGCACUGUAGGCUUUGACUUGGGUCUGGAUGAUGCUGAUUAUGACCCCAACCUGCUAAGUGACCCUCAGUGGCCUUGUGGGAAGCACAAGAGAGUUCUGAUCUUUGCCUCAUAUAUGACUACAGUAAUCGAGUAUGUGAAGCCAUCAGAUUUGAAAAAAGACAUGAAUGAGACAUUUAAGGAGAAGUUUCCUCACAUCAAGCUCACGCUCAGCAAGAUUAGAAGUUUGAAGCGAGAGAUGCAUGCGGUGGGGGAGGAGUGUGCUCUGCAGCCGGUCACCAUCGCCAUGGCGUUCGCCUACUUCGAGAAGCUGGUCCUUCAGGGACGCCUCAACAAGCACAACAGGAAGCUGGUGGCUGCCGCUUGCCUCCUGCUGGCCGCCAAAAUCAGCAGCGAUUUCAAGAAACAAGAAGUCAAACAGCUGAUUGAUAAGCUGGAGGAGAGGUUCCGUCUUAGCCGGCGCGACCUGACCGGCUUCGAGUUCACGAUCCUGGUGGCUCUGGAGAUGGCGCUCUAUCUUCCUGACAGCAAGGUCAUGCCACACUACCGCAGACUGACCCAGAGCCCGUGCUGACCCGCUUGCGUUUAUGAGAGGAGAGGAGAGAAAUCAUUGCCAGUGGCACAUACUAAAGCUUAUCAGUAGUCACGGGUGAUGUUUGUACACUAAGUUCUGGGAGAGGCGAGGAGGAACUAUUUCGACUUCUCAGGCUAACUCUGAGUCUGUGAGUUUUAUAGUUAGGAUAAACUUCUGUCUUAGGUUUCAAUUUCUUAUUAUUCCACGUAGCACUAAUGCGAGGGAGAUGAGAUGGGUGUAAAGCUAAACAAAGAGAAGGUUUUAAAUCAACACUCAAAUAACAAAGGAAGCAUUUCCCAGGGCCCUUGUGUGUGUAUGUGUGUAUGUGUGUGUCUGACUUUACGUAUGUGUCUAUGCACCUUCUAUAUCAAUUUGCCAAAAAUGUCUUCUUUUUUAUAUUUAUAAUUUAAAGCAGAACUAUUUUUUUUCACUUACCUGCACACUAUUACAGACUAACAGAACUUACUAUCUCUAUAAACGAUCUCAUCCAGGCAUUUCCCAUAGCAUCCACAGUAUAGAAAGGAUUUAUUCACCUGUAAAUUAUGCAGUAUAUAAAUUUCUGAGCACAGUUUGCAUCAUUGGUAUGUCGUGCCUGUAGCAGUAGGAUGUGCUCACAGUGUUUGCAGUAUUCGGUCGUAGUCUGAGGUCUAUUUUUUGAGAGAUUUUGAGGCUCUGGUUAAAAACAAGUGCUCUAUAUUAGAGCUGAUUUGAACUUAAGCGCAUUUACAGUGCUUCAGUGUUCUGUUAUUUUCUACUUUUAAACCUGAUUGACCAUUUUCUCUCCGUUGCUCCCCAUCGGGGACAGAAAUUCCGUUACACAUAUUUGAUUCCACAGAGGUUUCACGCCCGACGCUUCUCUGCAUACACAUCUCUCCAUCUUAUCUGUGCUUGGGACUGACACUAAGAGUGCAACAUCUGAUUUAAACCGAACCUCCCACAUGGCAGGAGGGGACGCUACUACUGAACCAUCAGCCUCCCAGUACAACCAGUAAACCCUAAACCUUUUUUUGCCCAAAGUUUGUGUUGCUUUAUUUAUCAUGGUUGGAUAAUAGCUACAGUGUCACCAUGAACUCUAAUAUGCGAUUAAUGUGGCAACAGAAAUAAAGCCUGCAGUGCUUCCUGUUCCCUUAGAAUACUGAAAAGCACAGAUUAAUUGGAGAGAUUUACUCUCUGUGACAAUCCUACUGUAUCAGUGGAGUGAUUUCAUUUAGCUCCUUGUCUUUAAGAUUUACUGACAUACUGUGAAGGAGUGUCAAACAUACAGCCUGAUUAAAGGGAGAGGCUUCUCAACCGGCACUGUAGUUUAAGACCAUUUUGUGGGUCCUACUUAAAUUUAAAGUUUCUGUUAUUCCAGUAGGGGGCAUAAUAGAGUAGAACACGUCACGUCAUCAGCAAUUAAACACUGCAGUUGCAUAAGGACUGGGUUUUUUUGUUUUGUUUGUUUGUUUUUUUCUGCAAGCUGCAGGGCAAAUACUUAUGCAUUCAUAACUUUUACAAUAAUUUUAUUUUUAAAGAUAUUUGGAAUCUUUACUAAGUCAUGUGAAAUAAUGAUCAUAUGGUAUUAUAUGUUUAUAAUCCUAAUUUUAGGGGUCGUAUUUAUGCAAAAAAAAAAAAAUAAGGCUAUUUAAAAAAAGUGUCUCUUUUGGCAAUGAAUUGCGUUCUGUUUAAUUGUAGGAGAUUGUUUGUUCUGUGCAUUUGUUUGAUUCUCACCUCAGGUCCGUUUGCAUGUUCUUGUCCGUGCUUGCUGGGUUUCCUCCGUGUACUCUAGUUUCCUCCAACAGUCCAAUGACUUUCAUUGUAGGCUGACUGGUGUUUUCAGAUUUGCCUGUAGUGUGUGUGAUUGUGAUCUGUGAUUAAAUGGUACCACAUCCAGUUUCCACCAGUCCCCCCCACCUGUUUUUUGGUGGGCUAACCCAAGUGUUAUGAAUUUGACACCACUGCUGUAAAUACAAAUAUUAUGGCUGACUAUGAGAGACUGGGACAGUGGUGGCUUAGACAGUUAAGGCUUUGGGUUACUGCUUGGAAGGUUAGGUUUAAAUCCCAUCACAGCCCAACUGUGAGCACGGCCUUUAACUCUAACUGCUCUAAGGGUGCUGGAUCCUGUCUCACCCUGCGCUCUUUAACUGGGAUAUGCGAAAAAGUCAUUACAUGUGACAAAUAACUGAAUCAUAAUCUUCAGUUGUUUUGGGGUCAGCUAGCAGUCAUGUGAUGUGCUAAUUAGCAGCAAGUCUGUUGAUUUUGUUUUUUUUAAGCAGACAGGAUUAUCUUCUAUUAUUUUUGGUUUUAACCAAAAGCAGUCCUAAUGCGAACUCAGAAGUAACUAUUUCAGUCUAAUCUUACUGGGCACAAUCACAUUUUUAUCACGAUUUGCAUCACCAUGCAAAACUGACACAAGGCUAGUUCCUUUUCGUGUUUAUUUUGUGUUCAGUCUGGUUUCUAUUUUUAUGAAUAUGUGCAAAACCUACAUUAGCACCGAGUGUUGAAUAAAAACCCCUUUGAACAUAUCAGUGAUCACAGUAAAGUAGAAUCGAAUGUGUAGAGAGAUAAAAAUCUAGAACAUUCUGUUCGUAUCAUGUCUUCCUUCCUUUAUACCGUUAUGCUCAUUUACAAACGUCUAAUACAGUAUAGUUCAGUAGUACUCUCUACAGAUGUCUCGACAACAUCGUCAAUAUAUUAAAAAUACAUAAAAGUUAUACACUUAACACUGUUGUCGAGACGUCUGUAGAGAUGACGGGAGAUUCAGACAUGUGCACUUUAGCAAAGCGCUCUUUGUGUGUGUGUGUGUGUGUGUGUGUGUGUGUGUGUGUGUGUUGAACUGCUGAGUUUGCUGCUUUGCGUAAAGUGAACCGAGUCUAUGGCACAUGUAUAAAACUGUGGUGCAAAUGGAGCGAUUCCUCACAGCAGUCUAAAGCGACUGUACAGUAGUUAAUAUUAUGCAAUAUUUCUGGGGAAUUGUGUUAAGUGAAAUUUGUUCAACAUUGGCAAUAAUUGUGAGGGUUUUAAAAUCCUUUUUUAUGAGACAUAUUUUUCCAGUUUCAGAUAUUUAAACCCAGCAUUUAUUUUACAUUUAUUAUGCUGAUGGUUUUCGUCUUUAGAAUCUGUCACCCAGGCUUUUCUAGUUGAAAUCUAAGCUAUUCUGUGUGUGUGUGUGUGUGUGUCGUCUGAGGGACUUGGAUUACUUGGACAUUCUAGACUCAUCAUAAGUGCCUGAGUAAAAUGAUUGAUUAUUUGUCAAUGACAGUCUGAAUACCAAACAGCAAUAGGAUAAUCAGUAAAAUAUUUCACUGUGAUUAAUUUAUUUCUUUUCUUUCUCUUGUUAUUUAACUGACAGCAGCACUAGUCCUCACUGCAAUCUGUUGUCAUUUAAGCAAUGCAGCACUAAAAGGUCAGAUUUGUGCUUUUGACUACUUUAGUUAAUUAAGUACAGCACUGUGUUUCAUUUCUGGUUCAGAGCGGGAAAAAAGAGGUCGUCGUAUGGGUGGAGAUUUAGCACAUUGCAUCAUCCAGUUUAUGUGUGAUUCUUCCUAUUAUAAAGACCAUGUUUGAAUAAUAAUAGCGAGCAGUGUAACUGUUUAUUUUCUAAUAAAGGCAUGUGCAAUCUGUAUCUGAGAAAUACUAUACAUUGUCUUAUCCAUGUAGCAUCAACUCAAUUAAAAUAUAUUUUGGAAAUAUCUCUCUAUAUAUUUUUAUAUAGAGAGAGAUUAUUCACAGAUUGUUUCAUAUAAAAAAGAAAUUCAUUUUAUCUACAUACACACAAUUAACCAGAAAAUUGAUAUAUGUGGACUUGAACAGGGAAAAAGUACAGAUAAUAGCUGUACAGUAUGAAAAGAUGUAAAACGGACAUCAUCAUUAGAGCCUUAUACAGCUGUAUACUGUGUAGUUACAAUGAUGGAAUGACGUACACUUAUAUGUUUGUUAAUAAAUAUAUUGAGGUAACAAUGGCAAUAUAUUAUUGUAUUAUGUCUUCCAACCAAAGCUAUCAACUGUUAAAAAAUUGAUGUCAAACAUCAUGUUCUCUGAUCAGCCAUAACAUUAAAACCUGUGUGGGUUCCCUUUGUGCCACCAAACAGCUCAAGUGUUCUGGUAUCUUUUCUGUCAUAAACAGCAUUUAAAAAAAUAAAUUUUUUGUGCUGCAUUGGCUUUUCAGGCAGGUUAGCCUUAGCCUUAGCCUUGGGUGAUCCUGUGUUAAUGUUGUGGUUGAUCAGUGUAUACAGACAUGUGAAAACUAAAUAGACACCCAUACUGUAGUUUUGUAAUAAAAUGCAAACAGCUGAAAAAAUCUGGUAAAUUAAGAAAUCAGGAAGUUUUGGCUAUGAAUACAUAGUUACAUACACUUUCCUUUCGUGGCUAUACAUCAGCAUGACGGCAUCUAAAUCAUUUCAGUUGAACUAUAAUUCGGUCACAAGUAAAAAAGGCUAUUUUAAGAUUGGUAUCUGUCUCUGUGUCUGGGACAGUCCACCCUCAGAAUAAAAAGAUUCUUUAUUCUGGCUUAUUUAGAAAAAAAAAAACAGUUUUACCUCUAGGCAUGUUUAAUGAUGAAUUCAUUCAAACCUGGAAACAAGGAAAUACACAGUAGUAAUAAUAAUUCAACCAAUUUUGAUGAAUACAUUUUAUUAAAAACUGUGGGUGUCUAUUUUAUUUCUUGCGUGUCAGCGUAUAUGAGUUGAUCUUGUAAAACAUUUUUUAACUAGAUUGUUUGCUACGUACAAAAAACUUUUUCUUUGUAAAUUCAAAAAAAAUAUUUAACUUUUUUUUAUCAAACUGGAUAUAGAUUAAACUGAUGCAUGAAGUUUUCCUGCUUGAUUCAGUUGAUUUCUUUGUGUGUGUAUGUGAUGGUUACCUGCUUUCAUAUGUAUUAUACCUGUAUCUGUAUUAAAUUAUCAGUUCAGUAUCAAAAUAAAUAUUUUCGA